GUUGGGAUGACAUGGGGAGGAGAGCUUUGACCAUGACGUGCAGAGAUGCCAACCUUGCUCCAAGAUUGGGCAGUCAUUGGUAUAAAUAAUCCCCACUUGACUUCGUGAUAGACCCCUGUUGUUUAGAUGCCAGUGUGCAUUAAUAGCUUCAGUAUUGCUGUUUCAUCAUGGCCACCUUUGAACAGCGCUUUGGUGCGGUCUCAAUAUCUUCGCUGUCCUCAAACGACUCCUCUAUAGAUCAACCUCACCAAUCCCCUCACCAAUCCCCUCACCAAUCCCCUCACCAAUCCUCUCACCAAUCCUCUCACCCACCCUCAGACGACCCAAGCAUGUUACCGAGUAUGAAGAAGCGGUUUCGAGCCUUCUGCAAGGGGCAACGUAAACUCUCCCAAGAAAGCCCUGCUAGCUCUCAAUGUCAACAAAAUAUAUCACCAUCCACGACUGCACUGUCCUCCAGUGAAACCGAAGACCAUUCCCCUGUGACAAUCGCUCCACACGAUCUCUCCCCAGAAGAACCAACCCGAAAGCGAGAUCGCAUUCAGCAAUGGCUCGUUCAUCAUGCACAACGUCUCGACCGAUUCAAGCAUCGAGCCCAUCGCGACUCAAUGUUCGAUGAAGCGGACCUUGUGAGAGAGCUCACGCGGGCUUCACAAGAGGUAAACGCUACAGUAUCAGGUCCAGAUGGCGAACCAAUAGAUCAACGCGUGAUCGAUCAUUUCUUCAUCCUAUAUCAAGCUUGUGGGAGUAACUGGAGAGACUCUACACGAUGGGAACGUCACCAAGCGAGAUGCCUCCGAAGACAGUGCGACAUCUGUAGAACUCCGGUGAACACAAUAGAGGGAUUUUCCUCACCAUUGAAGGCUCCCUUACCGCCGCCCAAGGAUCCAAAACCGCUCACCGAAUCGACUUCCUCUGACGAUGGUCACCUCUCUAUGUCAAUGUGGCGCCCGAGAUCCCGCAAACGCGAAGAGAAAGGGAAAUGGCCAGCUGCCGGUACCGAUGAGGAAGCCGCACACGCCUUGGGCAAGAUGGUCCACCCCAAAACGCAGGCUCAAGAGAAUCAGACAGAACGGUUCAGAAGAAUAUCGAGACGGCCCAGAGGUAACGUCGUGAUCCGAGAGACUGUCCGACGCACACAAAGGAAGCCUGUUAUCUGCUCUGUCGUCCCAUAUUCUCUGGACUCCUCCAGAAUCCCCGUCCCUGCCGUCCCAGACCUGAAGCCAGCAUCGUCGGCGGGCCUCGACCUACGCAACCUCGCCCACGCCACAGGCCGCCCGUAUGAAGGCUGCCCCCUCGAUGAAGGACGCCUACCCUUCCCCUUGGCGGGAAGAACGUACCUGCCUCCAACAGCACCCAAGAUCAAACCCGCCCCAGCGCCCCUAUACCUGAAGGACUCCUCACCAGCAUCUUCAGACGAGCGCAUCUUCCACAUGUCGCCGCCUGCAUCCCCGGACCUGACCCCGACAUACGUGCAGCGCGGCUUCCACUCCACCAUCAGACUCGUCGAAGCCCCCACCGAUGAAGUCCGCAACAAUGCCCCCCACGCUGUCUCGCGAGUCGAGCAGCGCGAAGCCGCCGACGCCGACGUCCGCACUCUGAUCAACGACCUCAGCCAUGAUGUAUCGCAGCCUCGACCCAGACGCCAACCCAACGCAGACACUAUCUAUAAUGUAGUCAACAAGAUGCACCGCGUCUCCGCCCCAAUCACCAAGCUCCCGCCUACGCCCCCUGACUCGCGGCCCAACAGUGCGUCUUGCGCUGCGGACGUCGUGAACAAGUCGUACGGCGGCGUGGUGACAGCCGCGCAUCCAGAGCAAGUGCAGGACAAGUCGGCGUGCAAGCUGUCUGAUACUACUGGAGAGCUGUUACAGGAUUGCCCGGUGUAUGAGAGCCCGAGAGAGUCAUGGGAUAGGAGGUGGGCUGGGACGGCGAGGGGUCGUGGACCAGCGGGAAGAUAGGGGUGGAAGAUAGGGGUGUGGAUAUGAAGAUAUGGACUAACGAACUUACGAAGUAUGGAUGUAAUGUGUAAAGAAUGUAAACG